AUGCUCGUCGUCCAUGUGCUCGGUGCGCUUGGGCUGGCUGGGACUACGGCCGCUCAAGCACUGCAAAUCGGUGAGCAUCAACCCCAUUGCGGUUCAAUACUUUGGAUCCAACUGACGAGUCACGUGGCCCACGUAUCAAUCCAAAGCAACACCCGUGCUGUACACCUGUCAAGUAAGUAGCACCAAGCUCUGAUCUCACGACCUGGACUAAGUAAGCUCCCGAUGCCUCGAUAGCUGACUGAACACUGGUCGUGCGACGUGCUGCGCAAUCACCAUAUCCAGGCCUCCGCCCUCGCUUACACCUGUGACAGCGGCCCAUGUACCGUCUUCAGUGAGUGACCAUUCCAAUAUCACACCAUAGGUUGUGUUUAGCCGAUUUGCAUUGCCCGAAGAUAGUAUCGCCAACGCCCUGGCACCGGUUCGAGUCAGGGGUCUUUUCUCCCAGAGCCGUGACGUCAUCUCAAGCCCUGUGCAGACAACGAAUGCUAACGAUCCUGUUCGCGACUCGCACAGUCCGUCCCUCUGAUGAUCCUGCAACAAUAUUGCAAAGCUUUGCUAGCCGAGAGACCGGUUCCGGUUCGGUGCGUGUCACGCUCCGAGUCGUCUCGUCCUUGACACCAUGCCGCUCUGACCUGAUCUGGUCCAUCAUCCCUCUCAGGUCACGUAUACUCCCGGGGCCACGGCGGUGAGUCAUCAAUUCUCCAAUGCAUACGUGAUGAUCUGAGCUUGUAUCCAUGUAACUUCUUCAACUUCACGGCGCAGGGUUCGUCGAUCACAGCUUUCAUCUAGUUUGUUCACUCCAUGCAUUCAGUCUUGUGAUACGCUCGUCGCUGACAGAGAGUUUGACCGGUGACUUUAUCCACACCAGCGACUCGACAGGCAACGUUGCCAGCAAUGCUCCCACCCAGGUUUUCUCUGGCUUGACAGGAUGGUACGCUCGUUUUUUUCUCCCAUCGCGACCUGUGCUGACGAGCUACGCCACUCUACUCAAGCGGCAGCGGUAGCAGUGCCGGCGGCAGUGAAAGUGGUGGCAAUGGCGGAACUGGAGGCAAUGAUAGCGGCGGAGUUCGCGGCGGCGGUGAGAGCUGACCCUCCUCCUGAACAGCGUUGGAAUUGAAAAAGCUCAUCUCGCUCCAAUGUGCGCUUCGAUGUUUCUUCAGCAGCCACGGCCAGUGCUUGGCCUUCUGCGGGGCCGAGUUCUACAACGAACAGUGGUCCCUCGCACACGAGCAAUGAUUCCUCUUCUACGUCUGGUCAGUCUUGAAUGAUACACUUGUUACCCACGUCCUAUUCGCCCCCUCACCGAGCCGUCUCCUUCCCCAUGAUAUCAUCAGCAGCCAAGCCAUCCACUUCCGACUCGGGAUCCCCGGCUACCUCAACACCCACGACGUCUAGCACACACCCAGCCGCAGUCACCACCAAGAGUACGACGUGAGUAUAUCGAGCUUUAAACAGUGCCGAGCUUCAAACAGCGCGACACUGUCUAUCAGUCGCUGACACCCUCCACGGUGCCUCUCUUCAUCACUCCUUGCCACAGACCCAUCGACUCCAACAACACGAGUCCGCCCAUUCGGGCUUCGGCAGCCGGACCAAGCCUCAGAAGCACGUGGUGGGUCAGGCCCUCACGUAAGAUAUAUCGUUUCAUCAUAUUCUGAGAAGGAUGUGUACCUGAUUGCAGGCACAGUACCCUCCGCGCCUCCGUCAUCAUCACUACGCUGCUCCUCUUCGUCUCUCACUAA